AUGUUAAACGAUUCCACUCACUACGAUCCAGCCACCUACAUCAAUGAUUCGGAAGAGAAUCGAGAUGACAAGCACCUAAUCGGCAACCGGGCGCAAGCCAGCCCCGUCCCACCGAUAUCCGUCUCUCCCGAUAUUCAACAAGCCCGAAACACCUUCAUGUCCGCCAACAAAGGUUUCAUGGCGAAUGAGAAGACCUCCUCAGACCAGCCAACUUACGGGCGCCCAAUCUAUAUUACGCGACUCUGUCUGCGCAUCCUCUCGCUCGUCCUGAGCCUCGGCGUCGUCGGUCUGGUAGCCUCCGUUAUGGUGCGACAUGCACAGACGAAAGACCUCAUAGCUGUCAAUCCCCGGACAGGCUUGACAUAUCGCGUGUGGCCACUCGCUACGAAUUUUGUGCCCAGCAACCUGCUAUUAGGGGCGGCUGCCAUUGCAUCGAUAGGAAGCUUAGGGUUGGUAAUUGCCAGUUUUACAAAGAGCGUACGUCGACUCACAAAGAUUGGAGCUGUUACAACGCUAUGUGUGUCUAUCACGGCAACUGUGCUUUGGAUCGCGGCCACGACAUACUUCAAGCUCUGGGAUUCGAAGAAGAGGACAUACUUCGACCUAUGGUCGUGGACUUGUACUCAUCAGACUAGUUUCAAGACAAAUGGUGUCGAUAUGGCCCCACUGUGCCUACAAAUGAGAGUAGCAUGGUAUAUCGCUGUGGCUGUUGCGGCAGUUGAGAUCCUAGCGAUUGGGACCUGUAUUUUGGCGCUUCUGAAGGGGAGGAAGACGUACCAGGCUCUUGGUGCCGAGGGGUUGCGGUUCAGAUAA